AGGGAGGAAGCCAGAAUACCUGAAGGAAACCGUGCAAAUACUGGGAGAACAUGCAAAUUCCACGGACAGACCCCAGCUGAACCGGUUCUUGAACCAGCAAUGUACUUAAGUGCUACACAUCUCUGAUACACUCCAUUUAAAAAUGUAGCCGCACUAGCAGCAUAUGGCUCAAUGGAUGGCAAUGCCAGUCAGUCAACUGUUGAUGGAUGAAUUAAAGCUAAUGAAGCGCUACAGUGUGGGAAUGUCUCCACAGUUAUUGGAUCACAAUGGAAUCUGGUGUAGACACUUAUAUCCUUCCAAAAGCACUGUGUUGCAGAAAAUAUGCAUUUUAUUUAUUUAAUGGUAAUGCUUCUUCAUGAAAAAACCAUUAAACACAAUAUCUGUUCAUGGCCAUCACCCUCAAUUAUGAGGGUGAUAAGUCUUAAUUAUUUUGAAAACCUGAAGCCAGUUCGUUUAAUCGCAUCAUUGGAGAGCAAAUGCAGCAUAGCAUUUGAGCAAGUUGCUGUAUAAAUCUGCAGUAUACACUCAGGAACACAUACAACAUACAAAGGUAGACACUCGCUGCUGGCCCCAGCAACAUAUUCAAAAAAGUGAAGUGAGAGCGAUCUUAUAUCUGACUCAAGAAAUCCUUCAACCUUCUAUGGCUAUUUACUACAUAAUCAAUCUGUAAUCAAAAGUGUCUUUUAUUGUCAAAGGCGAUAGAAAAACAAAAAAUAUGAUCAAACGAAGUAAGGAAAUAUAGUAACCCAAUUCUUAACACUUAACCAAUAUGACCAAGGGGUGUCUUCAGCAGGAGGGUCUAAUACAUUACAACCAUAAAUAACCACCAAACUGAGAUGGGUGGUGUAAUAAUAAACCAGCAAUUUACAGCUGAGGAAAAAGUAGCCAUGAAUCUUUCUUUCUAUUUCUGUCUGCUGGUUCAUUGACACACUUCUUUAUUUUUGCAGUGGGCUAACCCCUCUGAUGACUCAAAGAUGACAGUUGAUAUCCUAAAACAUCCAACUUCAAACGUUUCACAAGCAGAUAAGACCUGUCACUUUUUAAAUGUUAAACGAUUUAAAAUAACAAUUUAUUCCAGUGUUUAACUUAAUAAGACACAAAGGCUAUGGAACAAAGUGUAGAUACUUAUUAUAAGAGUCUUUCUUUCUUUGGUUGUCUCAGCCCGCUGUUACAAGCAGGGAGAUACAACUCUGAGGUAGCUGUUCUCAGCCAAUCAUAGGUGAGCCAGCUCACAGCUUUAACCAAUGAUGUGAAAGUAGAUUUUCAAUAUGGUUUCUUGACAGCCACAAAUAGACGUGACCCAGGCUCCUCGUAAUUUCAGCACGCUGGCUUAACCCACUCACACACACAUGCAGACAGAAUGUUCCCUGUAAGAAGCAGUGAUGAAGACUCGUAACCUGAGACAAGACAGGCUUUGUUUACACUGCUGGUCGACUUGUUCAGUGACGAACAGCUGCUAGUGUUCUUGUCCUUCCAAGGAAACGUGUACACAAUAUCUGGUUUUGCCCAGAAACAAUGAAGAGGCAGAUUUGUGAGCCAUUAUGAUUACAAAUUAAUGUCAACAUUUUUCAAAUCCUCUUCCCACUUGUUUUAGACUCUAGUUACAGUACGUCAAUCUCAGUUAUCUAAAGCAUUUCAUUAACUACCUAAAAGAGAUUUGUGUCUUAUUGUCCAGUGAAAUACUGUGUUCAAAUCAAUAACAUUCUUAUCGAUAUAUUUAGGAAGGAGUUGUCUCUAGCAGCUUGUUAGCUUGGCUUAGCAUAAGGAUUAGGGGGAAACAGCUAGCCAAGCUCUGUCCAAACAAAUCUAAACCUGACUCACCAACAACAUAUAUCUGUUCUUUAUCUGUACUUUAUCUUUAUUCUUUAUCUGAAGUAAAUCCUUUUGUUUAGACAGAAUGGAAGUACGUUUUAGAUAUGCUACAAUGUAUAUAUCAAUCAACCAAUCAAACAUUUUCAUUUGUAUAGCCCAUAUUCACAAAUCACAAUUUGUCACAUACGGCUUUAACAAGGUGUGAGAUCCUCUGCCCUUAACCCUCAACAAGAGUAAGGAACAACAACACUCAGAGAUCCACAUGUGAGGGAUCCCUCUCCCAGGAGGGACAGAAUGAAAAGAGGUAAGUGUUCAUGAAUGCACCCUGUUUUGUGCAGAGUCAUUAGACUGUAGUAGGAUAUGAACGCUGCCAUCUUACUCAUUUGGGUUCCAUUUGAAGUUUCAGUUGCAACUUCCGACUUGGGGAAUUCAAAUCGCAGAAGUAUCAUGGAACGGAUAAGGCGGGGACAAAAAUAAAUUUUUCGAGACUAUUUCCUGGGAAAAAACGGUUAGCCAAUCUCACAAGUAAAACGUUAAUGAAUCUAUAAUAACUUUUAAAAUUGUUGACAACUAGGAUUUUCUGACUUCAUCUGAACAAUAUUCCUCUCAGGCUCAAAUCAGUACCUGACAUCAUGGUCACUUACAUUUAGUUAUGAGGUAGAGCCCAAGUUAGCGAUGAAGAAAUAAGUUAUGGGACAUUUGUGGCUGCAGUGUGGACACUCACACACAAAAAGGAUGUGGCCAUGAGCUGUCUUUAGACUUUUGAUGAGUUGCAGGGCAUUCCUGACCCUGCUGGCACACGCUGACAAACAGCAGUGAGCUCAUGGGGUGUAAAUAACACGGUGGGUGUGUGGGAGCAAAGUUGCUGGGGUAUAUAAAGCAGAGUGUUUUGUGUAUAUCUCCCAUAUUCACCCUGACCCCCUUCACGAGAAGAAGGCACGUGGGAAAUUGUAAGUUUCGACUCUUCACUGGAGCCUAAAGACAUUAGGUCGGGAAGAAGGAGCCAAGAACUAGAGAAACAACAGAACACAACACACGCAAGUUGCUUGUUACAAAGUCCUUCGAGAAAAAACGCUCUUCCAACGCUGAAAUGAUGUCCCAGCGCAGUGCUUUGAACAGCAUGUUCGCCGAUGACCCAUUCUUCAGCCAGGAACGGCUGCUGUGGCCGAUGCAUAACGGAGCCCUUUCCUCACUGCAGCAGGACUUCUUCAACCGGAGAACCAAACUGGCCGACAGCCUUUUGAAGGAGCUCCACGAUGGGCACCCCCUGCUCAGACUAAACAAGCUGCCCUUCCUUUCCUCCACUUUGGCAGGGCUGACUGAUGGAAACGAGCAGCAGCUAGAGACUCCCAGCACAGAGCUGCAAAAGCAAGUACAGAAGCCUACAGAAAAUAACAGUGACCUCCUGGUCACACUGGAUGCACGAGGUUACGCCCCCAGUGACAUCACUGUCAAGCUGGAGGGGCGGAGGCUAGCGGUGGUGGCCAUGAAGCAAGCUGGGUCAGAGGAGAGCCAGACCUGCUCCUCCUCCUCUUCCUGCGCCGCCUUCUCCUCCUCGGCCUCAUCUCAGCUGGGGUUCGUCCAGAAGAUCGACCUGCCCGCUCACCUGGAUCUAUCCGGCCUAUCCUGUUCCCUGAUGGAUGAUGGACAGUUGCGAAUCCAAGCCCCUGUGGCCAAGCAUUCAAUCAGCGAGGAGGACCAGGUGCCCACUCGGUUCAGGGCAUCACUGGAGUUUCCCAUUACAAAGGACAAGACAGAGGAGGACUAAUGCACAGUGUGACUGAAAAUACUUAAUGAGGGUACAUGCUGUUGUACCCACACACAA